GAGCAAUGUUACUGGCUCUGCCUGAGAGGAGACAGGUUUGUGAGCAGUAAGGCACAGGCCCUUGGCAUCUUAGCCUUUUGGAUUUGGACUUGAUGCCAUUUCAUUCUCCCACCUCCACACUCCGGAUAUCUGGAGCAUCGGUAGCGUUAUCGCAACUUCUCGGAUCUCUCUUUUUUAUUAUUGGAAUAAAAUCUCCUCCUAGGACGCCUCUGUCAUCCUCGGAGCUUGACUGUGGUAUGUGAUUCUUCACUGUCAAGUGAGGUCUUAUUCCUUGAAUGAGUGAAAGCGUAUCAGCAAAAAGCUGACAGAGAAGGCCCUUCACCAAGGAUCUCUCUGCUUUUCACCAUGAGCAUUGCUGUUUCCCCAAUGGCCAGUGAGGCCACCUCACCCAUGAUCACCUCAGUUACCCCCACUGUGGAUCCUAGCCGCCCGGUAGACCUGGAAGGCCUAGGACAAGGGGACAGUGAUGGGACAGCAAAGCAGCAGGACCCCACCCAGCGUUACCAGAAGCCGCCUCCCCUACAUACUGGGGCUGACUGGAAGGUUGUACUACAUCUUCCAGAGAUUGAGGCAUGGUUGCGGGGGACCACAGAAAGGGUUCGUAACCUCACCUGCUCAGUUCACCAGGACACCCUCAACAAGCACGUGGAUGUGCACCUAGUCCAGCUUAAGGACAUCUGUGAGGAUAUCUCUGACCACGUGGAGCAGAUCCACGCCCUGCUGGAGACCGAGUUCUCCCUGAAGCUGCUCUCCUACUCAGUGAACAUCAUCGUGGACAUCCGUAGCGUGCAGCUCCUGUGGCACCAGCUGCGAGUCUCCGUCCUGGUCCUCAAGGAGCGACUGCUGCAAAGCCUCCAGGACUCCAACGGCAACUACACCCGGCAAACUGACAUCCUGCAGGCAUUCUCCCAGGACCAUGAUGAGGCGCGACUGGAUGCAUUGACAGAGGUGGAUGACUCAGGCCAACUGACAAUCAAGUGUAGUCAAGAUUACUUCUCGCUGGACUGUGGUAUCACUGCCUUUGAGCUGGAUGACUACAGCCCUGCUGAAGAAGCAGAGUGCCAGAUCCGGGGCCUAAAGUCUCACCACUGCUUCCCGUCAUUGGAGUCAGACUUUCCUGAGCUAAUCCAGAGUGUGGGCCUCCUAACAGUCACAGCUGAACACUUGUCCUCUGUGAUUGGGAGUCCAAUAGACCCCCAGCUGAGGUGUGAGGACUCUUCAGCCAGCCAACCGGCAGACACUACUUCCACAAUGAACUGUAAUGCUCUCCAGUGUGAGAAUACUCUCUCCAAAAGACAACUACAGGACAGCUUCAAUUGCAAUGAGAUGUCCCCCACUCAGCCAUCCCUACCAAAAAAGGCAAUGUACCCAGAAGGACUGUCCCGGGAUGACACGGAGACCAUCCUUAAGAGAGCACCACACACCUCUUCUCUUCAGUUUCAGGCAGAUAUGAGUCGCAGCACCCCGUCACUGCUGGGUCAGCCAGACCGCUCCAAGUUCUGGCUGGAACUCACAUCCAUUUACCCUAAUUCUGUCAGACACUCCUGUGACAACCUGAGGACCAUGAAUAGUAGGAAAUGGAAACCAAGUAGACAAGCCAGCCUUCAGAAUUUGCAGGUCUCUGGCUCUGAUCCUGCUCUCCAGAGAAGCUCGUCUGAGUCUGGAGAGGCCAGUGACUUGGAGCAUCCAGCUUCCCCCAAGCUCAGCCUUGACCCCCAGGAAAAUUGUCUGCUUGACACCCCACAAAAUUCACCCAGGAAAAACCCUCCAGAUACAGACUCUUGUGACAGUACAGCUAGCCCUUUAACCAUCUGUGAUCCAACCCAAAAAAUAGCUUCUCCAUCUAUCCCUGAGAAGAAACGACCACCUACUACCGGCGGGCCUCUGAAGGAAGAGUCAUGGUAUGGCUCUGAUGAGUAUCUGGCUCUGCCGUCUCAGCUGAAGAAGACAGAAAUUCUUGCAUUAAAGUUGGAGACCAUUGCCAAAGCUCUUCCCCAAAGACCCAUAGAGGAGCAAAUCCAGGAUGUGGAUGACUGGGAGCUGUCAGAUGUGCACUCAGAAUGGGAAAGCUCAACACCCCCCCAGGCUGGCUGCAGGUAUGAGAAGGCUUUCCCUUCUGGCCAUUUCUCACCUACGUCUUCCAGUGACAUUGCACCUUCUCUUGAUGAGAGCAUUGAGUCAGGGCCCCUCAGUGACCUGCUGUCAGAAGAUGAGGUUUACUGGCAUGCUGGUGAGUGCAAAAGAACAGAGAAGCCAGCUUGGAGCCCUGCUGUCGAAGAACACUGCCGUCAUCAUCAAGACUUGAUCAAACAGCUACUGGAGGAUAUCCAGCAUCAGGAAAACUAUAAAGACAUAUGGAACAAGAUUGAGGGCUUUGUUAGCAAACUGGAUGAGUUCAUCAAGUGGCUACGAGAGGCCCUAGAGACAACCGAAAACUGGCUACCCCCCAAAGCCGAUACCACCAGCCUCAAGCUCUACCUGGAAACACACCUGAGCUUCAAGCUGAACGUGGACAGCCAUUGCUCCCUGAAAGAUGGCGUGCUGGAGGAAGGCAAGCAGCUGCUGGAAGUCAUCAUCUCCCACAAAUCAGGCCUAAGGGACACGCUGCAGACCAUCGCACACCAGUGGCAGCAGCUACAGAGGCAGAUUCGCCGGCAGCACAGCUGGAUCCUGCGUGCCCUGGACAGCAUCAAAGCCCAGAUGCUGGCUAGCCAGGCAUCGCAGGAGGUGGGCGUCGGAGCAGCCAGCCCCCAGAAAGAGGUUCAGUGGUGCCAGGACGAGGCUCAGAGGGCGGCACUGGACCAGAUGUCCUUGAAGCUCAACAGCCAGUUAUACUGUGCUGACACCAAGAGGCGGACGGAGUUUGUUUAUAUGUCAAGUGUGAAGUUUAAUUCAUCUGGAAGCAAUAGCCUUUCAGACUUUGAAUUGGAGUACCAGGACCUCUGGGAUUGGCUGACAGACAUGGAAUCCACAGUGACGGACAGCCAUGAGCUUAUGAUGUCAGUGGAGCAGCGACAGCAUCUUUACAAGGGGAGCAUUUUGGAAAUCGGCGUGUGGGAUCCCCGGAAAUCCCAGCUGCUGGAUCGGGUGCAGUCCCUGCACAGGAGCGGAGUCCAGCUGCCUGCAGAUUUUGAUGAGCGUGUCAGCGCCCUCACACAGAAGUGGAACAAACUGGAGGCGACCCUGGGAGAGCUCGCGAAGCCCCCCAGCUCUGGGAGCCCUGCGCAGCUCUCGCCGGCCCUGCUCUCCCCAGAGACAACCGGCAUGCUGAGGCAGCUGGAGACCCGCAUCAAAGAGCUGAAGGGCUGGCUGCGCGACACCGAGCUCCUCAUCUUCAACUCCUGUCUCCGGCAGGAGCUGCAAGACGACAAGCAGCUCCAGUACUUCAAGUCUCUGUGCUCAGAAGUGCGAGGGCGGCGCAGGGGUGUGGCCUCUGUGUUGCGACUGUGCCAGAAGCUACUGGAGGAACAAGAACCUGCCGAAGCCGAGUCUGAGCGGCAGGCCCUGCAGCUCCUGAUGGUCAACCUGGAGCGCCGAUGGGAGGCCAUCGUCAUGCAAGCCCUGCAGUGGCAGACACACCUUCAGAGGGCCCUUGGCACUGAGCAGGUCCCUGGGAAUAUUAUAGAACCAGCUUUCAUGCACCUCCAUGGCACAGUGGAAGACUCAUGGGAGUGGGACGAGAUGGAUAUCAGUAACGACCUGAUCAGCGUUGAUGGAGAGCCACAAAACCAUGCCAGCCACCAGUGCCAUAAUUCCACAUUGUCCAGAAACAGCACAGGAAAUAAUUUUGAGGUCUCAGAGUUAAAUCAAAACAACCAACAAAACGGCGUGCUAUCACAAGAUAUUGAUCAGGAACCAUUGUCUCCUCAUUCAAACAUCUAUCAUGUCUACAGUCUUCAUAGAGUUGAACUGUAUAACCAGCCCCAAUAUACUUUCCAAAAGAAAGCCCCUACAGACCUCAGCAAUAAACAGCCACUAACAAAGAGUGUAAGCAAAGACUCAUCUUUCUCAUCAGCUGAAUCCAUACCAGAGCUUUUUGGGGGUAUCAUCUCCAUAAAACAAGGGGGUGACAGCCUUUACGUUCAUUCUGCCAGAAGAUCAGAGAGUGAGAGUGGAAUCAUGAGUGAAGGGGAUACUGAGACCAUUACCAACUCAGAGAACUGCCUGCUCAGUCAACUUGAAGAUAGUCAAGGCAGUCUCUUGUUGACACCCCCUAAGAGAGGCCACUCACCCAGUCACAGCCAAGUGUAUGAGGACAAUGACAUCAACAGAAUCUUGGAAUGUGCUAAGAAGUGUGUUUUAUAUGAAGACUGUGACAGAUCCUUACUAGAGAGUAAAAACAAAUCAGAGGCAGUAAAGAAAGUGAUAGAUGAGUCAGCACAAACCAAGGGGAAGCAAGGGAAAAACCCAGAGGACAUCCUUACUAUGGGACUGGAUGCAGAAGAACUUGACCCCAUUCCCUUCACUACUUCUCCAAGUGAUGAGAAAGGAACUAUACGUGGAAAAUGCAGGGAAGGAUUUGCCAGUGUGUCCCCAGGGUCCUCCCUAGACUCCCUUUUUGUAGCUGGAGAUUUAUUUUUGUCCAGCAAAGACACGCUCCACCGAAGCACUUCCCUUGAGAGUUGGCUAGCCCCGUGUAAGAGUGCAGAAGAUAUCGGUAGCCAGCAUAGCUUGGGGGAUCUGGGACUGGCUGCUGGCUCCACAGGAGAAUUGAGCAAGAGGACUCUGGAGCUGCUGAAGCGCCUGGAGAACAUUCAGACCCCCUUAGUCCAAAAAAUGACACGCAGUAUCUCUGACAUCACCCUUCAGAGUAGCUCCCUAAGGUUUCCAGGACCUGGUCAGCCAUCAGUCAGAUUGGGGUCAUCAAUCAAUGAAAGCUCAGCACCAUCUCUCACAGAACUGAGCACCACCGAGGAGUCCUCUGUAGCUUCGGAGGACAUAGCUGUGCAGAGGAACUGCCUGGUGGACUUGAAUGACCCCAUCCGUAAGCAAUUCCGCAGUCAGCUAAUACCAGACGAGGCCGAUGCAAGCAUCAGCAUGGUGGUGAAUGUAUCAUGUACCUCAGCCUGCACAGAUGAUGAAGAUGACAGUGACCUUCUCUCCAGUUCUACUCUUACUCUCACAGAGGAGGAACUCGGUAUUAAGGAUGAUGAGGACUCCAGUAUAGCCUCUGAUGAGGAGUAUAUUGAGGGUAGCUUUGCGUUAGGGCUUGACUACAUUAAAAAUGAGCUCCAGAACUGGAUUAAACCUAGGUCUCAGUCCAAGGAAAAGAAUGAACUGGAUCUUGGAGAUGAGCUCCAGUGUGGGACUCUCACCCGGGAGAAGGUACCAUCUACAUUAGGUGCAAAUAGGCGUCGUUUCUUAAGCAGGUCAGCACUGAAACUCUUUGAGUCCAAUGCUCAUGAGAAGAACAUCUCCCUCCAACAGGAGGAUGCUGAUGCCCAGAAAAGGGAGGUGACUAGAAAUUACAUGAGGCAAUUUGCAGAUGACAUGGAGAAUGGUAAUGUAGAGAACUCUCAGGUAAAAAAGAAAGAUGAAGAUGAUGAGUUUCUAAGAGAGGAGAGAAGCCUUUUCACAAAAAGUGGUGAAUCCUUCAAGGAUUGUUAUGCACUAAACACAGCCAUCUCUGACACCACAGUUGCGGCUACCAAAACAGAACUGUGUGAUCUUGUGUCAUCACAAGCAAAAGAGUCUGUCCUAGAAGGCCAGCUGAGUGGCGAGAUUCCCUGUUACAGCUCAGGUGAAGUUUCACUCCACAAGUCCUCUGUAGAAGGCUGCACAGGGUCACACCAGUGUGCAACAGCAGUGCUGCAUGAAAAUCAUCCCGAGGAAAACCAUGUUUCCUUCCCCAAAGACACAUGUGAGAGGCACCAGCUGGCCACGGCACCGCAGUGCUGCAGCCAUUUACCUCCUUCACCAGAGGAAGAGAAAACUGAAGAUGUGCACAAUUUUGUAAUGGAGAUCAUUGACAUGACUGCUGUAGCACUGAAGAACAAGGAGACUCAGGCAGACCAGGAGGGUCCUUGUCCCACCCCGGUGGCUCAGAUCCGCGAUAAAGUGCUGGAGCACUCCCACCGGUCCAUCCAGCUGCGCAAGGGGGACUUCUAUUCUUACCUGUCCCUGUCUUCUCAUGACAGUGACUGCGGAGAGGUCAACACCUGCAUGGAGGACAAAAGCAGCAGCCCGCCCCUCCCCAAACUGAGGGAGACACUGGAAAUCCAUGACAAAGAGCUACUAUUUGAAGCUUGCACUGAAGAGGUCUACCUGGGUCCUCCACUUUGUUACAGCAUGUGUAUGAGCCAGAAGGUGGGGAGAAAGUUUCCCAGUUCCAGGGACUGUUCCUCCCCACACACUGAAAAAGACCAGGCACUUCCAUCAGCUUGUCCUGAAUAUCAAAAAGCACCGGUUAUUUCUCCAGGAAGUACAGCUGGAAGCCUGCUAGAGUACCAUAAUGAGGCUGCUUAUCUUAAUCCUUUACCAUGUGAAACCCUGAUAGACACUGUUGAAUGUUUUGCAGAUACUAAAAUGCUUGAAUCCAAUAUUUCCCCUGUAAUGACUAAGAUAAGAGUCUCUUGCUCCAGUACAAAUCCUUUAAAAGAGGAUGGCAGCCUUUAUAUUAAUCCCAAAAUUAACUGUCCUCAGAUAAGAAAGUGUGAUAGGGAUGAGAAAGGCCCUGCUUCUCUGCAGAUGAAACAGAAGAAUGCCAGGAAAGGAUGUAGUUCCCAUCCGGAGACUAAGUCAACUCAUAAACAGAUGCCAAAGCCAGAGCAACCGCUUGCAGAAGAUGGCAGGGGGCCCCCAGGCAGGAGUGCUGCAUCCGCCCGCUCCAUCUCCAGUGCUUCCCAACACCAUACUUCUACAAACACUGCACAGAAGAAUAAAACUUCCCGGCCCCUGGCCAAGAGGGGGUCGGGAUACCUGGUGCCUCCCAUCACCCAGCCUCAGCUUUGAGGGGGCUUGCUCACCCCCAUGGCCCAUCCCCCCAUGUGUAUUAUUGGGCUGUCAUCGACUUGAUCUUCUGGCUGCUUCUGCUCUUCCGUCCUCCUGCUGUGACAUUGAACCACAACCUGAUGCUCUUCAAUGAGUGGCUCAUCAUUUUCAUCCUUAUCCCAGAACAGAGCUACCUCAAUGGUCUACCGCCAUUAUGUCCCCACUUGGCAACACAGACACACACCCCUUACUCUCUCUCGCCAGCAUGCAUGGUGGUUCACUCUUAUCUUACUAUCUCCUCUGUACAACCAGCUACAGAUAUAUAAGUCUAGGGCACUCAUUUGACUUGUUUUGCACUGAGAGACAGCAAGAUAGGACUUAAGGAAAUUUCGGACUACUCCUGCAAGCUCCUACUUUGAUGUUAUCCCAGGACAGCAUCAUGAGCUCCAGCUCCACAGUGCUUGUGUUUUAGACUAAUUGUGGUUUACAGACGUAGCAGAAAUACUACUUGAACCCUUAUCUCAUCAAAAGGCAAAUUAAGUAGAUGUCUAUCUAUGCAACACGGCCCAAGUUGGAAACAGCUGUCUUGUGUUGCAUAUUACAGGAUCUCUGGCUGUUGGUGUAUCUCAAUACUCCAUUUUUUAUGUUUCCUAAGUCUGGAAAAAUCGAGAAAAUGUUUUAAACUUUAAAAAGUGUGCCUUGCUGUUAUUUAUUAUUUUUUGUUAAAAUACUGCUUUUCCCAAUUAUAUGUUCAAAGAACUAAGAAAGAUAAAGUAAAAAGCAGGGUUGAAAUCUAUGAACAGCAUAUGUAUAUAUGUGUAAGUGGAAGCCUUGGUGUAUAAUGAUGGUAUAGAUGCUUCUUGUUAGUGUAAUCCUGUAUAUGUCAUGUAUUGUGGAGAAUAAUGAGCCUUAAAAGAGCUAGACUGCAUGGUUAACAAUAUACAAAACGUUGACAAAUAAACUUAAUUUAUUGAACACCAA